AUGAAACUCAACAUGCUCCGUACUCUUCAGGUUGAAAAUGCAGAACAUAAAAGCUCUUUGAUGCAGGUUGGCACAAGGAAGAUCAGGCUUCUGCUACCUACGAAUGGAUUUGUGGUGGGCUCUGAACAAUCAAGAGAAGAUGCCCAGGAAGUUCUGGAUAUGUUACAGUUCAGGGAUUUUAUGUUAAAUUGCUGGUCGAAGGAACCAGCAUCCAGUGGCUUUUCUGCUAGACCUAAUGGUGAUAUUCAAAUGUUUCCAAUUAUGUACCCUGCUCUUGUUCCUGGGUUAUUCCAUUUGCAACAGGACCAGGAACAGAUAAACCGUGGACCAGGCCUUUAUGCUGUUCCUAUCGUUCCGUUUAUGGGGCCUGUUGCUGGAUAUCCCCCGAACACGCUGAUCCCUUUUACCUACAAUAUACCCACUGGACCUAGACCUUCUGAGACUGGAGCGGUGAGUGAGGAGCAAGGUCCAGUGGGACAGCAACAGCAACAGCAACAGCAGCAGCAGCAGCAGCUGCCUGCUGCACCACAAAGACAAGUAGUUGUAAGGAGAUUUCAAAUUGCAUUUCAGGUUGACUUGUUCCUUAUACUAAAGCUGGCAGCAGUAAUUUUUUUGUUCAACCAAGAUGGGUCGAGACAAAGGCUUGUUCUCCUUGUGUUUUUUGCUUCACUUGUAUAUCUUUUCCAAACCGGAGCUCUUGCACCAUUGAUACGAUGGCUUUCACAAGGAAUGCAGAGGGCGGCUGCACCUCCCCAACGACCAAGACCAGCUGUAAGGGCAGAGAAUGCCCCUGCUGUGGCAAGGCAAGGAAAUGAGAAUGCUCCUGUGGCAGAGGGACAACCUGGAGCUGAGAAUGAGAAUCAGCCUCUGAAUGAUGUUAAUAGGGAAAUUGAGAAUGAGCAUGCUCUGGAAGCUGGAGCUGAUAAUGAUGGCAACCGCUGGUGGGGAAUCGUAAGAGAGAUCCAAAUGAUCGUCUUUGGCUUCAUCACUUCGCUUCUCCCAGGCUUUCACAACAUAGAUUAG